GCUCUCACACCGCCGCCCAAAUCGAAGACUCUCACGAACCGAAGAAGCCCUCAACCCCUCAACCCUCCCUCUCUUUGCGCCAAUCCUCAGGGAUCUAGGGUUUCGUCCUUGCUCUCAUGGCUGCCUCUGGCAACCCCACCGCCUCCGUUGGCCGGAGCAACGUCCGGAUUGUCGUCGUUGGUGACCAAGGCACCGGCAAGUCCAGCCUCAUCGUCUCCAUCGCCACCGAAUCCUUCCCGGAGAACGUCCCUCGCGUCAUGCCUCCCACUCGCCUCCCCGCCGACAUCUACCCCGAUCGCGUGCCCAUCACCAUCAUCGACACCUCCUCUAGCCCUGAUAACAAAGCCAAGCUCAUUGGAGAAUGCCAAUUGGCUGAUGCUAUAAUUUUGACCUAUGCUUGUGAUCGGCCUGCGACUCUUGAUCGUCUUAGCACCUACUGGCUACCGGAGCUCCGCCGAUUGGAGGUGAGAGUACCUGUGAUUGUGGUCGGUUGUAAGUUGGAUUUGAGGGACGAGCAGCAGGUGAGCCUUGAGCAGGUGAUGUCUCCUAUAAUGCAACAAUAUCGGGAGAUAGAAACCUGCAUUGAGUGCUCGGCUCUCAGGCAAAUUCAGGUUCCGGAAGUCUUCUAUUAUGCUCAGAAGGCAGUGCUUCAUCCGACUGCUCCUCUAUUUGAUCAAGAAACACAGUCAUUAAAGGCUCGAUGUAUUAGAGCUUUGAAAAGGAUAUUCAUUCUAUGUGAUAAUGACAAAGAUGGAGCGCUUAGUGAUGCGGAAUUAAAUGACUUUCAGGUUAAGUGUUUCAAUGCCCCACUUCAGCCUACUGAAAUAACUGGUGUCAAGAAGGUUGUACAAGAAAAGAUGCCUGAAGGUGUCAAUGAUCGGGGCCUGACAUUGACUGGAUUUCUUUUUCUGCAUGCGCUUUUCAUUGAAAAAGGCCGUCUUGAAACAACAUGGACGGUUUUAAGAAAAUUUGGAUACAAUGAUGACCUUAAACUAAGGGAUGAUCUCCUCCCAACAUCUUUCAAGCGAGCCCCUGAUCAGUGUGUGGAGCUGACUGAAGAAGCUUUGGAUUUCUUGAAAGGAAUUUUUGCUAUGUUUGAUAUUGAUAGUGAUGGUGCUCUGAGAUCCGCUGAACUAGAAGAUCUUUUCUCAACUGCACCUGAAAGCCCUUGGGCGGAAAGUCCUUACAAAGAUGCUGCUGAAAAGAAUGUGCUUGGAGGAUUAACUCUUAAUGGGUUUCUUUCUGAGUGGGCCCUAAUGACCCUUCUUGAUCCUGCAAGUAGUUUGGCAAACUUAGUAUACAUUGGAUAUACUGGUGACCCUGCUUCGGCAUUUACUAUAACCAGAAAGAGGAGGGUAGAUCGUAAGCGAAAGGUUUCACAAAGAAAUGUUGUGCAUUGUUUUGUUUUUGGUCCUAAAAAUGCCGGAAAGUCUGCCCUGUUGAAUGCUCUCAUUGGAAGGUCCUUUUCUGAGAAAUAUGUGCCGACUACCAGUGAGUGCUUUGCUGCCAAUUUUGUUGAUGUACCCAGUGGUGUCAAGAAGGCAUUGGUGAUGAGAGAGAUACCAGAAGAUGGAGUCAAGGCACUGUUGUCUAAUAAGGAGUCAUUGGCAGCUUGUGAUAUUGCAAUAUUUGUUCACGACAGUUCUGAUGAAAGUUCAUGGAAGAAAACAGCCGAAUUGCUUGUUCAAGUUGCUAGUCAUGGAGAAAACAAUGGGUUUGAAGUUCCUUGCCUUAUUGUUUCUGCAAAGGAUGAUCUUGGUCCUUAUCAAUCGGCUAUUCAGGACUCAACAAGGGUGAGCCAAGACAUGGGGAUUGAAACGCCUAUACCAGUCAGUAUAAAGUUAAGGGACUACAAUAAUGUUUUUCGUAAGAUAGUCACUGCUGCACAAAAUCCUCAUCUAAGCAUUCCUGAAACUGAAGCUGGGAGAAACCGCAAGCAAUAUCGUCGGCUUGUAAAUCGUUCUCUCAUGUUUGUUUCAGUUGGAGCUGCUGUAGCUGUUGUUGGACUAGCUGCUUACAGGGUUUAUGCUGCAAGGAAAAAUACCUCGGGUUAAACUUUUAACUUCAUACGAUCUAGUCGGGCGCUCCUGGUUCAUGGUUGCAUUUUCAAAACUCUUCAAAAAGCUUCGUAGGCCUGGUGUUCUAUGGCUGUGGCACUCAAGAUGUUCCUAAACUAAUAUAUGGUCUUAUUUUUGUUUUUAAUUUAUGUACAGAUCCGUUGUCAGUUUUUCUUGGGCCCGAGUUAUAUGGAGGGUGUGGAAUUCAAUUUUUUUUUUCUUUUUGUUUGGCUUUAUUUUUCUUUAUAUUUAUCGCUUGGAUCAUAUAAUACGAUCAUAUAAUACGUUGUUUUGGUUAAAUUGGCUGCUAGAAUUCUUCAGCUUCAUUCUAUGUGAUAUUAAUAUCAGUGUAAUAUCCAGCUCUCAAAACUAUGCUGUUCUAUG